AUGGAACAGCUGGCUGAGAGCAGUGUAAAUUCCAUGUCUGGCAUUACUCAUUACUGUAAUAAAAUGAUAAGAGAUCCUAUGGAAAACGAUACUGUGAUUGCAAAAUUUUGUGAACUUUUUAUAACAUAUUUUUGGAAUUUGAAUAAUUAUAAUACUUCUAAUUCAUCUGGUCAUGAGAAAUAUCUGGAAUAUAUGAAUUAUUGGUUAAACCACAAAUUAAAAGAUGAUGAAAGAACUCCUAAAUACUUUAUACAAUUUCUUAAUGAACGUUUAGACAAAAGAUUUUCGGCAUUUGGUGAUUAUAACAAAUUUAAGGAAAAGGUAUAUGACAUGGACAACAAUGUUUAUCAUGAAAUGAACAUCCUGUACAAUUUGUACCUUAAUUUUAAUAAAAUUAAUAACCAAACCAUAAGCGAAAGAGAAUGUUCAAAUCAAUUCAAAAAAUGUGCCGAUAUUUUUGAGCAAGGAAUGAAUCUAUAUUAUAAGACAAAAAAUCCUAAAUUUUUCAAAGAAUUGACAAAAUUUUGGUCCACAUUUAAUAACUAUUUUAAAAGUGAUUCCAAAGCGUGUAAACUUGAAGAUUCACAAAGAUUGCCAAAAAUUAAAACGUUGGAAGAACACGAAAGGGAGACGUCUUUGAAAGAAGCCUUAAAAUCGUGUGACUCCUUAAGCUCCAACAAUUUGGACAUACUUCCCCAAUCAAAUGAUAAUUAUGCAGAACUUUUGAAAGCUUUAUCCGCCGAUAAAGCAUACACACUUUUGAACGCUAACCAGUAUGAUAAAUCUAUAUGUGGAAAAUACUGUGGAAAGGUAACUUCUUCACCUAGUAACCACUUGACUAAAUUGCUUUGCGCGAAGCUUGCAACGAACUUGACCAAUUUAUCUGAUGUGCUGAAAAGUGUAGCAUCCCCAGAUGAUCGUUGCUCUUAUUUGACAUAUUGGACGUACGAUAAAAUUGCGAGCAUUCUAAAGAACAGGUGGACGAGUGCUCACUACAACAAUGCUAUUCAAGAAAUUAACCAAGUAAUAUAUCGUGUUAAUCAUGAACUGGAAAAACAUGGUAAAAAUUGUUCCUAUAAUCUCUACAGCAAUGUUGAUCACUGGAAGGAUGAAAAAGCUUUGCAUGACUAUUUUAACAUUCAUGGAGACAUAAUUAAUUGUGUUUCUACUAAUCAGGGUGGUUGUUCUAAAUAUUGUGAUUACAUUAACUACAUUAAUGAGCUUUAUAAAGAAUAUGUGACACACUGCUGCUCAUGUUAUAGUUAUCCUAAGGUUCUAUGUUUGGAUAAUUGUCCAAAAUUUUUCAAAUGCAAUAAGGCAUAUUACCCCUACGAUCUCAUGCUUAAAUUGAACUGCCGAAAUUAUAAUCCCAGCGAAAGGAUAGACCAUAUAUUUAAGGCGAUAACAUUCGACACCGAUGUCUUACGGAGAAGUCAAACAGCAACAGGUUUUACGUGUAAUGGUUUAAUAUGCAAUCCGAUUGACGCUACCAUUUUGGUGGCUGUUACACUCCUUGGGAUAUUUUUCACCUUAUUCGUUUUCUAUAAGGUAACUAAUUCUAUUUUUAUGUGCAACUAA